AUGGAACCAGACAAUUUCCCCCCCCCCUUUUUUUUUCUUCGCGUAUUCCUCCCCUCUCUCUCUUUUUCUUUCUUUUUCUCAAUUUCUCCCUCGUUUUCUGAACCUUCCUUCCUUCCCUCUCGUUUUUCUUCCUUCCUUCCUUCCUUCCUUCCCCUCCCAUUUUCCAAUCUUCCUUCCUUCCAUUUUCUUUUCCUCCAUUUCCUGAAUCCUUUUUUCUUCCUUCCUUCCUUCCUUCCCUCCUCCAUUUUCUCAAUCUUCCUUCCUUCCUUCCUCCAUUUUCCCAAUCUUCCUUCCUUCCUUCCUCCAUUUUUUCUUCCUUCUUCUUCCCUCCAUUUUCUUCCCUUCCUUCCUUCCUUCCCUCGUUUUCUUCCUUCCUUCCUUCCUCCAUUUUCUCAAUCUUCCUUCCUUCCUUCCCUCCUCCAUUUUUUUCUUUCCUUCCCUUCCUUCCCCCUCGUUUUUCUUCCUUCCUUCCUUCCCUCGUUUUUCUUCCUUCCUACCUUCCCUCGUUUUUCUUCCUUCCUACCUUCCCUCGUUUUUCUUCCUUCCCUCCUCCAUUUCCUCAAUCUUUUCUUCCUUCUUCCUUCCCUUCCAUUUUUUUCUUCCUUCCUUCCUUCUUCCUUCCAUUUUCUCAAUCUUCCUUCCUUCCUUCCCUAA